UUUAUGUACUUAAAUUAUAACUGAUAAUUAACAAUAUGACUAUAAAACUAGGUGUAUUUGAAAAUUACAACAUAUUAUCUGUCAUUUUACAUGGUACAACCCAUUACUCUAUAUUAUGUAACACUAUUAGAUCUUAAAAACGAAAACUAAUUUAUCGUAUCGUUCUACCGUAAAAGGCUCCUAGCAUACUUAAUUAAUAUAGCAAUUAGUGUUCAUUAAUCUUAACUAUUAAUUCCCUGAAAAUAUGGUGGUAAAAAAUCAAUUGGUAAAAUUGAAUGACAUACGCCGGUAAAACGGAAUUCUUUAAAUGAAAAUUAUUUGCGGAAGUAAUCGUACCAUUUGACAUACCUAAUAUAUUUGAUGUGAUAGACUUAUAGAUACAUCAUGUAUAAAACAUAGUAACUAAAUACACAAUUUGUCGGCAUAAAUGUUCAAUAAUGAGUCAAGUUAAGGUAAUUUUAUACAAUAAAAAAAAAAAGUACCUACUUAUUUGAAAAUGAAAUGUAUUCAUUUUUGUAAUAAAAUUAUAACUUGUAAUUAUUUACCUUUAAAAAAAUAAUUUGAAUAGUACUUAUUUGUGAAUCGUGAUGACUAUCAAGGUUAACGUUAAGCAUCAUUCAUUUAUUAUCAUGCAUUGUAAUAGGAAACUUGUCACACUUCUAAUACAUAUUCAAAUUAAUUAAACAUUUAAUAAUUAUUACUCAUAAAUCAUAUUUUAACAUUAUGCCAUUUAUUAGCAAAUAUGAUUGAAUGUUUGAAUGAUUAUUGUGCUAGGAGAGAAUAGUUAAGUGUGAUACAAUACUAUUGAAGAUGGCUGAAAUAGGAACUAAACAAAUCCAGGUGGAAUCUGAGUUAGCUAUAUGUAUUUCAAACGCCUUUAAAUAUUUUUCUACGGACACUUGUGUUCUAAAUGGCUUAAAUAUGAGUGUACCUUUAGGAUCCAUAUAUGGUCUUUUAGGACCAAGUGGCUGUGGAAAAACCACAUUAAUAAACGUUAUUCUUGGAAAAUUUCCGUUGGAUUCUGGGAUUGUUAAAAUAAAUCCUAGUAGUUUUUCAGAUAUUGGAUAUAUGCCUCAAGACUUGUGUUUAGAUUUGAUGCUUACCAUAAGUGAAACAUUUAAAUAUUAUGGUUCAUUAUAUAAAAUGAAUGACAGUGAUAUUUCUAGUAAAAGUAAAGAACUUAUUACUUGGCUAAGAUUACCACAGGAUAAUACACUUCUAAAAGAUCUAAGUGGAGGCGAGUGUAGAAGAGUUUCAUUGGCUGUCACGUUACUUCAUGAUCCAAAAAUCAUAAUAUUAGACGAACCUACUGUAGGGAUUGAUCCAGUACUAAGACACGAAAUUUGGCAGAAACUAUUGGAAAUGGUGAAAGAGCAAGUCAAAACUAUUAUAAUUACAACGCAUUAUGUCGAAGAAGCACACCUAGCACAAACUGUAGGUUUGAUGAGAAAUGGUGUCUUAAUAUCAGAAUCUUCCCCUCAAGACUUAUUGGUUAAACAAAAUGCCAAUUCGUUAGAAGAAGCCUUUUUAUCGUUGUGCUCUAGUCAACAAUUUGAUGAAACAACUCAGAGGGCCAAUAUUUUCAAAAAUACUAACGUAUCAUCAAACAUUUUGCACUCUGACAACGGAAUAUCAUUCAUUAGAAUUGGUGCAUUUAUAAAGAAAAAUUUAGCUAUCUGUUUGAGGGAUUUUACGUUUAUAUUUUUCAUGAUCUUAUUUCCAAUGUUGGCGGCUAUUAUUUUUAAUUUAGCCAUUGGUGGUAAUAUUAAAAACGUUAACAUAGCUAUUCAAAAUAACGAAAUCACCGACUGUCAGAACAUCGUAGUUAAUCAAUGUAUUUAUGAAGAUAAUAACAAUUUCACUCUUAGCUGUGCUGUUUUGAAUGGUUUACAAACUCUAGAAUACAAUUUGAUCCCAGUUAAAAAUCAGGAAGAAGGAGACAUUUUGGUAAAAAAAGCUGAAUCAGUAGCAUUCAUUCAAUUUCCCCAAAAUUUUAGUACAGGACUUCAACAAUAUGUUCUUGGUCAAUGGUUUUCUAACAAUGAAUUUUCACCAAAUACGGCAGCCUAUGCAAAUAUCGAUAUUGGAAAUGUUUUGGUAAAAAGUCAAGUCAUUCGAAAUCUAUUUAAUGUCUUUGAAAAUGUUAUUAUAAAUAGUACACGUGCGUGCAACGAAAAGUUUGUUAAGCAAUCUUUUAGAACCACAUAUUUAGUGGGAAACAAAGUUGAAACAUUUAUUCAUAGUAUAGCUACUAUGUUUGUUUCAAUGAUAGGAUUUUAUUUCUCAAGCGUAAUAUCUACAGGAUUUAUGUUGACAGAGAAAAUGGAAGGAUUUCUUGAUCGGUCUAUGACAGCUGGGAUUACAAUACUAGAAGUUGUAAUUUCAAUAAUGUGUAUUCAAACUGUAAUACACAUAAUUCAAACUAUUUCUGUUAUGUUUGUCACGUACUUUGUUUUCCUAAACCCUAUCGAAAUUACUAACGGACUAUUUGCAUUCGUAUUCAUAAUUUUUCUAACCGGAUGGUUAGGUCUACUCUAUGGUUUAUUAAUCGUUGCGAUAUCCAAAUCAAGUUCCGAAGCCAUGAACAUGGUUAUUGGUUGGAACAUGAUGCAGAUUUAUUUAUCUGGUAUAAUGUGGCCAAUUGAAGCUCAAAUGCCAUUCAUGAAAAUCAUAUCUGAACACCUGCCAUUGUGCUACAUUAGUCGAAUAUUGAAUAACAUCGUUUUAAGAGGAUGGACACUCGGACACCCGACUGUCUUAACCGGAAUAGUAUUCAUCAUUGGUUAUGUUUUCUUACAUGUAAUUAUGUUAUUGUACUUAACCCACAUCAAAAAAGAUGCCUGUGAAAAUGUUAAUGAAUAUUGUCUAGCCAAAAAUCAAUACUUUUAUUGAUAUUCAAUAGGCAAUAGUAUGAAUAAAAUGGAACAAAAUAUGAAGGAAGAAAAAAUUAAAU